CCAACUGUCACUAAGAAACGACCUUUAGCAAUGUUCAAGAGUCCAAAAGCAGCUGAUCAAUUCAUCCACACACCUCUUAUAAUCCACUCACCACUAUCUCUGCCGCCGCCGCCAAUCUCCCUUCAUCAUGUCAUCACUUCACGUCAAGUUCCCGGCGCCAUCGUCGCUGCCAAUUAGUAGCAAUAGGUCCAAAAAUGUGAGGGCUCAAGCCACUCCGGCGGCGGUGGAGGUGGACGCCGCGAGGCUGGAACCGAGGGUGGAGGAGAAAGAUGGGUACUUCGUGUUGAAGGAGAAGUUCAGGCAGGGAAUAAAUCCUCAGGAGAAGGUGAAGAUUGAGAAGGAGCCCAUGAAAUUUUUCAUGGAAAACGAAAUCGAAGAGCUCUCCAAAAUCCCCAUUGAAGAGCUCGACAAGUCCAAGCUUACUAAGGAUGAUGUUGAUGUCAGACUCAAAUGGCUCGGCCUUUUCCACAGGAGGAAGCAUACCUAUGGUAGAUUCAUGAUGAGGCUGAAGCUGCCGAAUGGGGUGACAACCAGUGCUCAGACGCGGUAUCUGGCGAGUGUGAUAAGGAAGUAUGGGGAGGAUGGCUGUGCUGAUAUUACCACUAGGCAGAACUGGCAAAUCCGGGGCGUUGUUCUAGCCGAUGUCCCUGACAUCUUGAGAGGCCUUGAGGAAGUCGGGUUGACUAGCCUGCAGAGCGGGAUGGACAACGUCAGGAACCCUGUGGGGAACCCUCUUGCCGGGAUUGAUCCUCAUGAGAUCGUCGACACUAGGCCUUAUAACAACCUUCUCUCUCAGUACAUCACUGCUAAUUCCCGCGGGAAUCCCUCUUUCUCCAACUUGCCGAGGAAGUGGAAUGUGUGUGUGAUCGGAUCGCACGACCUAUACGAGCAUCCGCACAUAAACGAUCUUGCAUACAUGCCGGCGACAAAAGAUGGGCGUUUCGGGUUCAAUCUUCUGGUUGGAGGGUUCUUCAGCGCCAAGAGAUGCGCUGAGGCGAUCCCUCUUGAUGCGUGGGUCCCCAGUGAUGAUGUCGUCCCCGUCUGCAGCGCGAUCCUCGAGACCUUCAGGGACCUCGGGUUCAGAGGCAACAGGCAGAAGUGUCGAAUGAUGUGGUUGAUUGAUGAACUUGGGAUUGGGAAGUUCAGGGAGGAGGUGGUGAAGAGGAUGCCGGAGGCGAGUUUGGAGAGGGCGUCGCGCGAAGAUCUGAUCGACAGCAAAUGGGAGCGAAGGGACUACUUCGGGGCGCAUCCUCAGAAGCAAGAAGGGUACAGCUUCGUGGGCGUGCACAUCCCCGUUGGGCGCCUUCUGGCGGAUGACAUGGAUGAGCUCGCACGCUUGGCUGAAAAAUACGGGUCGGGCGAGCUGAGGCUCACGGUCGAGCAAAACAUCAUCAUACCAAACAUCCUCAACUCCAACCUAGAGGCUCUGCUCGGGGAGCCUCUCCUCGCGGAGAGGUUCUCCCCCGAGCCGCCCAUCCUGAUGAAGGGCCUGGUGGCCUGCACUGGCAGCCAGUUCUGCGGGCAGGCCAUCAUAGAGACCAAGGCGCGCGCGUUGAAGGUGGCCGAGGAGGUGGGGAGCCUUGUCUCGGUAACGAGGCCCGUGAGGAUGCACUGGACCGGGUGCCCCAACACGUGCGGGCAGGUGCAGGUGGCGGAUAUCGGGUUCAUGGGGUGCAUGACGAGGGACGCGAGCGGGAAGGUGGUCGAGGGGGCCGAUGUGUUCCUUGGCGGCCGAAUCGGGAGCGACUCGCAUUUGGGAGAUGUGUACAAAAAGGGUGUGCCUUUUGAUCAGCUGGUUCCAUUGGUUGUGGACCUGUUGGUGCAGAAUUUUGGUGCUGUGCUAAGAGAAAGAGAAGAAACUGAAGAUUGAUUCAUCAUUUGAUAAUACUAGGAAAAAACAACCAUUUCUGCAAAGGGUUGGAAUUUGAAGUUGGAUUUUUAUUGUUAAUUUGAAUAAGCUGUGGCUGAAUUCUAAUUUACAUGUUACUGUGUUGUUUAUGUUAAAUCAAGAUCGUUAGAGAGUA